AUGGCCUCCGAGAUCCUCGGCCCUGCCCUGAAGAACCUCCAAGUCCUCCGCAUUCUCUCGGGCUACGGACCUUAUCACUCUUACAGCUUGGGGCACUACUCUGCCACUGUUCUGGUCGUCUUCGGCAGGCUGCCCGAAUACGAUCCGAAGACCGACAUGUUCUACCUCUGGCCCGGCUCUCUGCUCCCCCGCUCCCGCAAGAUUGUCUGGACGGUUUCCAGCAUCUCCUCCCGCCUCCCACUUUUUUUGGGCAGCAAUGUCUCACCAUACACUCACCAAGUGGAGGACGCGACGCUGCACUUCCGGUGUUGUGAACCCACCCCGGAUCCGGACGGUAUGUUCGCACAUCUCGCGGGCAUUGUGUCCGACAUUGUCGAGUACAUUAUCUCGAACAUCUUGACGAUCGUAGACCUCGACCAGGUCUGGACGUGCACUCCCCUUUCUGCAGGGCCGCUGGAGGACUUUCCGGAGCGUCGGCUUCGGCUUCUUGACCAGCUUGGGCCCCUCUCUGCCCGCACGAAGUUUAUGACGGGAAAGGAGUAUAGCCAGGCAUACGGCGAGGAGCAGUAUCGUAUCGAGACCUACGAAUGA